AUGGCGACCACCGUCGUCACCGUCGAGGACGUGCUCUGGGCGGAGGAUAGCUUCCACGCAACACCAAACCACAUCCGAGUCCGCCUCAGCUGCCGCACGCCCGCCAUCUUGGUCGACCGGAAGACCAAUGUGAUCGUGGCAGCGAACGUCGCUUGGCAAGACCAGUGCGGCUACCGUGCCGAGGCGAUCGGUGCUACUCCCAAGAUCCUCGCGGGCGAGCGCACCGACGCUGCCAAGGCCGCUCGCUUCACCCAGCGCGUGUACGGGCGCGAGGGCCGCGCCGGGACGACACUCGUCAACUACCGUUCCGAUGGCACACCCUUCCUGCAUACGAUCACGGCCAGCCGGAUCGGCGACUUCUUCCUGGCGAAAUCGACGCGGUCGAUCGACCUGCAGACCGCCUCCGCGCCCCACCUCGGCGCCAUCGGAGUCGCGCUCCUCGCCGCGUGCGUGCUGAUCCACCUCUUCUCCGCCGUCUCCAGCGUCGGCGACUCCGCCACGUCGACCGGGCCGGCCUCGCCGCCGCUGCCGGCCGACCGCAUCCCAGCGGCCGACCCUCCCGCCCAGAUCGACUCCUCGUCGGCCCUCGUAGCCGAGGGCGCCCCCGUCGUGGGCAUCUGCCUCCUCGCCCUCCUCGUUGCGGCGAUGUGGGAGGAGGAGUCCGCAGCGGCCAAAGUCAACGACGAGGACGACGACGACGAGAUCGACGUCGCCGGCUCACAUUUCCUCGGCCCGGUGCCGCUGGUCGAGGUCGUGUUCACGGCCGCGAUCUGCCUCUUUCUGGUCGCCCAAGGCCCGCAGUAG